AUGGAUAACUCAAUUAUUGAUUUGGUUGUUGGAACUGGAAUUUCAUUUAACAUCCUUGAUAAUCCACUAUUCCAUAAUAUGGUAAAAAAACUUCAUAGUGUAGCCGAUUCAUAUAAAAUCUCACACUCAACUACAGUAUUGCGGCAUCUAUCUGGAAAUAUAUUUAGUAAAAGGUUAGAGUUCAUAAAAAAUAUAUUAUUAAAAACUUCAGGUCGAUUUUCGUUAACGUGUGAUGGGUGGCAUUUGACAGUUCACAGAUGUCACUAUACUGUAGUAACUGGAUCCUGGAUAAGUGAUGACUGGCAACAAGUUAAUAUUAUAUUAAACUUCGAAAAGUCAGGUCAAACUGCCCAAGCCAUAAAAUCAGUACUAUUAAAAACAUUAGAAGACUAUAAUAUUAAAGAAAAGCUAUUUGGACUUACUAUGGAUAAUACCACAACUAAUAAAGCCGUAAGCCGAAUUCUUCAAGCUGAAUUGCCCUAUACGAAUAUUGUAUCAAUCGGAUGUAUGUGCCAUAUUUUAAAUUUAAUAGUUAAAGUAGGCUUAACGGGAAUAAAUCACCUUCAAAAAAAAAUACAUAAGAUCAUGAAAUAUCUGGCUAAUCCUUUAUCUAAUAGUCGUUUGGAACUAUUAGAGUCAUAUUGUCCAAUUAAUGAGAUGUGUGCUAAUAAAUCUUUAACGUUACCUUGUUUAAGCCAAGAAGAAUUAAUAAAUCUAAAAUCAGUUUGUCAACUUCUUAAGCCCUUUGAAUCUGCAACAUACAAAUUCGAACAUUUAAAAGCAACAUUAAUAGAAGUUGGGGGGUAUAGUGAUAGCGACGCUAAACAAUUUAUUGAUAAUAUUAGACAAAAGGUUAUCUUAUAUGGGAGGAAAUACAUAAAUAUACAAUCACCUCCCACUACCAACAGUAUUAAUGAAUCACCUCCUACUACCAAUAUUAUCAAUGAACUACUCCCCACCACUCAAGUUAACGAUAACAAUUCUGCAUCUAAUUUGUUGUUUCCUCCAAGACGAAUUUCAAGAAAAUAUAAUGCUAAUACAAUCAAGUAUGAGCUAGAGUUAUAUGAAAAAGAUCCCCCAGAAGAAGGAAAUAAUAGUGUUUUAAUUUGGAAUUCAUUAUCAAAAAAAUUUCCAAUUUUAAAUAGAAUGGCACGUGAUUACUUCAGCAUUCAACCUUCAAGCGUCACUAGUGAAAGGGCAUUUUUGAGAGCUGGGUUCACUAUUACAAAUGAUAGAGCAAAUUUGAGUGAGAAAACUGUUGCAAGUACAAUUCUUAUGCAUUCAUGGCUUUUAGAAAGCCAAAAUGAAUUUAGUCCCCUUAAUGCUCUUCCCGAAUUAUAA